UCCAUAAAAUAUCUCAAAAUGGAUCAAGAAAUCCUCGAAAAAACCAAAGCCCUAGCGAUCUCUGGCGAUCAAAACGUUCCUUCGUCUCCAUCAUCCAAUCCGUCGAGCUCAAGAACCGCCGCCGCCUCCAUCAACCUCAAUCCCGAUGCUUCUUUGGUCGUUCCCCGACGGCGAUCAGGGCUUCCGCCACGUCCUCCUCCAUCUCCGGAGACCCGAGAUCAUAAGAAUGCCUUCAAUUGGAGCUUGAGAUCAAGUAAUUGGCUGGUCGAUUCGUGUCAGAUAGGAUCGAAUUGGAGAGGACCGCCGCUAUCGGCCGAUUCAAGUCAGAGUGGACCGGAUCGGAGAGGAUCCAAGAUAUCGAAUGAAUCAAAUCGGAGAGGAGGGAAGAGAUCGGCUGGUUCGAGUCAGGUGAAACUUCUCCCAGAUGAAAUCGCUAAGAAGAUCGUUAAUCAGGUGGAAUUCUACUUCAGUGAUAUCAACCUUGUUACUACAGAACUAUUGAGGAAAUUCAUCAAUAUAGAUCGUGACGGAUUUGUGCCAAUAUCAGUUGUUGCGUCGUUUAAGAAGAUCAGGGAUUUAGUCACCAAAUAUUCUCACAACAAGAAUUCAGUCACCAAACAUUUGCUUGCUUAUGCUCUUCAGUCAUCAUCACAAUUGGUUGUUAGUAAAAAUGGACAGAAGGUUAGAAGGAAGCAUGGUAUCAAUGAUUUAUACGUGAAAGAAUUGCAGUCUCGUAUUAUUGUUGCUGAAGAUUUCCCACCCCCCAUGGCUCGUUAUGUGCAUCUUAUGAAAUUUUUUUGCACUGCUGGAAGAGUGAAAAGCAUUCGUACCUGCUACCCACCCACAGAUCCAGUUAUAGCUAAGAUAUCAGAAAAACCAGGCAUUCACCUUCGAAGUAAGUUGCAUGCAUUUGUGGAAUAUGAGACUACCGAAGGUGCUCAAAAGGCGGUGGCUGACCUCAAUGAGAACUCGGAAAGUGGGAUUAAAGUUUGUUUGUUUCUGGAUGUCAUGUUAAAACAAGGGGCAGAACAAGAAAGCAAGGAAAGACAAGAAGUUGAUGGUAACAAAGAGACGGAGGUAUCAAUGUCCGACGAACCAAAUCUCGAGCAAGUGGAACAUCCUGAACUGCUUCCUGAGGCAUCAGAUAUUCCUGCAGAGUGAUCUCUUUGUACCUGGUCUUUGGUUACAAGUAUAAAACAAUCAACAGCUUCAGCUCCAAUUGUACAAAGGGGAUCCAACAUUGGCGAGGUACAUAUGAUUGAAAAUUUAUCUUUUUCCUUUACGAAAUAUCCAACAUUGGCGAGGUACAUAUGAUUGAAAAUUUAUCUUUUUCCUUUACGAAAUAUACUUCAUCUUAAACAGUUGGUUUGAAUUUUCAUGUAAAGGCUCAAAACAGUUGUAUUGGUGGAGCUACUGUGAACUUGCCAACGGUGUAUAGUUGUACAGUUUGA